AUGGGCAGCCAUGCGGAUUGGAGGUCCGUCAGUGGCAUUGCUACAAGUUUACUCGACGGCAAUCCGAUUGCCAUUGCCGUUACCGUUUUCAUAGCCUUUGGACUACCGGUCUUGCUGCAUCUGAUAUUCUACCAAACCGUCGCGACUCCACCGUCUAGCAAUUUCCUGCUCCUUGGACCGAGUGGAGCAGGUAAGACUGCUCUCUUGUCCCUGCUCGAAGCAAAAUCAUCUCCCCGUACGAAGAAAUCCCCCGCUACGCAUACGUCCCAGACCUCUACCUUUGCCACGGUCAGUCUUCCUGCUUCCGUCCCCACCGCUUCGAACCGGUACCGGUCCGUGAAUGAUCCCUCCUUGGAAGAUGUGUCUCGGAACCCUCUCAAGUACCGCGUGAAGGACACUCCUGGCCAUGGGAAACUCCGCGAGUCGCAGGGACUUUCGGAGCUUCGCUCGAUGUCGUCAUCCAAGGACAACAAGUUCAGGGUUCGGGGCGUCUUGUUUCUGGUCGACACUGCGGCCAUGUCUGAAGCCGACGCACUACGCGAUACAGCUUCCUAUCUUUACGACGUGCUCCUAAUCCUCCAGAAACGUGCUCUGAAGAAGGGACGGUCUUCGAUGAAGGCGGCUUCUGAAAUUCCCGUUCUUGUCGCCGCCAACAAACAGGAUCUCUUUACGGCUUUGCCCGCGAGAUCUGUGGAAGAAAAGCUGGAGGAUGAGAUUGACAGAAUCCGAAAGUCUAAGACCAAGGGCAUCAUGGAUGCGAACGCUGAUCAGGGCGGCAAUGAGGAUGAGGAUGAUAUUCUGGGCAGUAGCGAUGUCCGAACCUCCUUCAACUUCAAACUUUUGCACGACGAAGUGGGCUUGAAGGUCGACGUUGUCGGUGGAGCUGUCAGGGGUGACGAGGGCAAUGACAUUGGAGCUGGUGCUAGGGGAUGGGAAAACUGGAUCGGCCAGUGUCUGUGA